UAUUAUGCACCAUUUAUCUUGAACUUAUUCAUCACUAUCACUUCACUUUGAUUGCUAACUCAUCUAAUCUUAAAUCUGCUCUUUUGUUGCUCACUCUUCCACAAGAACAAUGAAUAAUCACACAGAGAUUCCGAUCACAACUAACAGCAACAACAUCAACAACCCCAACAACCCUUAUGUUCAUAUCUCCCCUGCUCCUCCUUCCUCUGCAUCAAACAACAACAACCGUCCUAAUCAAACAUUGGAUUCAAUAUGUGAUGGAUUUAACCGCUGCAGCAGGACGGUUGAAAAAGCUGCUAGACAUGCAGAAAACAUGGUUGAUAAUUUCUGGAACCAUAUAAGAAUAAGUUCAAGUCCAGCAGAUGCAGCAAUGGCAAGAAUUGUUCAAGGAACAAGGGCACUCACAAAUGGAGGAUCUGACAAACUGUUUCAACAAACAUUUGGGUUUGUACCAGGAGAGAGGCUAUUGAAGCCAUUUGCAUGCUACAUAUCAACAACAUCUGGACCUGUGAUUGGAACACUUUAUGUGUCCAAUAAAAGAGUUGCAUUUUGCAGUGACUAUCCAAUUUGUCACCAUCCCAUGUCCUUUCAGCACCAUAGAUCCUCCUGUAUUUACUAUAAGGUUGUAUUGGAGCUGCCUCAGGUAAGCACAGUGAGCCCUUCCACAAACAGAUUCAACCCUUCAGAAAAAUACAUCCAAAUUGUGUCAGUUGAUGGUUAUGAGUUCUACUUCAUGGGGUUUAUAUCAUAUGACAUGGCUCUCAAGACUCUCAAUGAGGCACUGCUUCAAUUUCACAACUAUUCCGGUGGAAAUGGAAGGCUUCAGCUGCAGUGACAAAUGAAAAUGUAUGCUUAGAUCAAUCCCAUAAAAUGUGUCCAGAAAAAUAAGGUGCUUCCUUCAAUGUAUCUAUUCACCAAGACACUAAAGAAACAUUCUUGUUACACAAUGUUUUUCUGGUCUGUGUUAGAGCUUUGUUGCAUUGCACUUUUCAGUGGAAGCCAAUUAGAAUGAAUCUUUAUUAUGGCUACUAUAUUCAAAUUUUAUAGACACAAUGAAACCAACAUUUGUAAUUAUAGUCUUAGUAGAGAGAGAAUUUAGGAUCA